AUGGAGUCCAUUCAGACACAUCCAUCCAGCGCCGUCGAGGCUAAAAAGUUCAUCGCACCUGGCUCACUUUCCUUCCCUGGCGGCGCUGCCGACGUCACCCCACCUUCUAAUACUGAGGCUGCGGCUGGUAAGCAGACCAUGUCUGUCGCUCCUGUUACAACUUCACCACCUGCGACUCCUGCUACGACCCCUGCUGCCACCCAAGGUGUCAGCGGAAUUGUCCCUACGCUACAAAAUAUCGUUGCCACAGUCAACUUGGACUGUCGUCUUGACUUGAAGACCAUCGCACUACAUGCAAGAAAUGCGGAGUACAAUCCAAAGCGUUUCGCUGCGGUUAUUAUGCGUAUUCGCGAUCCUAAGACUACCGCUCUGAUCUUUGCAUCCGGUAAAAUGGUUGUUACUGGUGCAAAGUCCGAAGACGAUUCGAAGUUGGCGUCCCGCAAAUAUGCUCGUAUCAUUCAGAAGCUUGGUUUCAACGCAAAGUUCACCGAUUUCAAGAUCCAGAACAUUGUCGGUUCUUGCGAUAUCAAGUUCCCCAUUCGUUUGGAAGGACUUGCUUCGCGCCACAUGAAUUUCAGUUCUUACGAGCCUGAAUUGUUCCCUGGUCUCAUUUACAGAAUGAUGAAGCCGAAGAUUGUUCUUUUGAUUUUCGUCAGUGGAAAGAUUGUCUUGACAGGAGCUAAAGUUCGUGAAGAAAUUUACCAAGCUUUCGAGAUGAUCUACCCUGUGCUUCAAGAUUUCAAGAAAGUCUGA